UGGGGAGUGGGAGUGGGAGUUUGGGAAUGGGGCGGGGCUCUCGGUGAUAGGUUCUUUAGCAAUGGGGGUGGGGGCUGAGCCAUGAAGGGGACCCUCAGCAAUGGGGUUUUUUUGCAAUAGGAGGGCCGUUGGUCCCUAGGCAGUGGGGCAGUCCUUGGAAAUAAGGGGGUAUCUGGGCAAUGGGGGGGUCCCUUAGAAGUAGGGGGAGGGACUUGUUAAUGGGUCCUUUGGAAAUAGGAGUGGAGGGGCUUGGCAGUGGGUCUCAUGACUGUGGGGAGGUUCUGUGGUAGUAAGGGGAUCCGUUGGUAAUGGAUUCUUUGGAGGUGUAGGAAGUCCCUUGGCAAUGAAGGGGGGUCCUUGGGUAGAAGAGGGGUCCCUUAACAGUGGUGGCAGGAGGAGUUAGCAAUUAGGAACUCCCUUGACAGUUUAGAUAAGGGUUGAGUAAUAGGCAAUGGAUCCUUUUGCCAUAGGGGUGACCUUGGUCAUUGAAACCCCCUUGGAAAUAAGGGGAUCCCUAGGCAAUGGGAGGGGGUAUUAGCUGUAGGUAGGACGCUUGGUAGUGCAUCUCUUGGUAAUUGGGAAUCCUUUAGCAGGGGGUUUCUUGGCAACGGAAAGGAGUCCUUGGAUAUAGGAGUGCUAUUGGCAAUGGGUCCCAUGGCAGUAAGAGGGUCCCUUGGCAAGGGGGUGUUCCUUAGCAGUAGGGAGGCCCUUGGUGAUGGAUCCUUUCUCCAUGAGAGGAGGGCCUUGACAAGGAAGGGGGGCCUUACUACUAAGGGGCCCUUAGCAGUGGUGAGGAUGCUUGGGAAUGGAUCCCUUGGCAACAGGAGAGCCUUGGCAAUGAGUCUCUUGGCACUGAGGGGGGGGUCCUUGAUCAUGGACCCCUUGGUUGUGGGGGUGUCCUUGGCAAUAGGUUCAUUGAUAGUGGGGUGGAGGAUUGGUAAUGAGGCCCUUGACAAUAGGGGGGCACCCAUCCUAGGUCCCAUCUCUCAUAAGACCUUUUGCUGUCCCUGGAUGAAGCUGGUUCCCCAGCUCUGACAUUCACCACGAUCUCAUGCUUAAAAGAAUUGAGUCUGCCUUGCUUUGCUGUUUUUCUGCUUGCCUGCCCCAUUUUGAGAAACGAGGAGCACCACAGGCCCUCUGAGUGCUGCCCCACAGAGCCGACGUUGAUUAAAAAGGAGGAAACUCUGCAAGCAAAAUGAGCUGACCUCUGGAUCCUGCAGCCUUUUACCCGCCUGGCUGCCACAGAUAUGCCAGAAAAGCAUAUCUUCUGCAGCACAGAGUAGUGAUAAGACUGUCUUUUACUGGUAAUUCUCAUACCAGGAGGAAGCCCACCCUCUGGGGUGGCUUCGGUUUCUUUGCGUGUGUCCAACGUCGAUGCAAGUUGCUUUGUUUAUAUGACUUCUGCUGGCUGCUCUGCUUGAAGAGGAGAGGACUUCCUGCAGUUUUCCAUGAAGCGAUUUAAGAAAAUGCACCUUACAGCUGACGACUGUGAAGCUCUCAGUAAGAGCUCUGAAGGUUUAUCCUCCCUGACACAGCCACUGAAUCAAAGGCAAAGCAGAGGAGAUGUCAACAGGGGCCUCCAACCCACUCAUAGAACAAGGAGGCAACCAAGAGCCCAGGGGCAGCAGAAGAACAUUAUGGAUUACUUUAAGAUCUCUCAGAAACAGCAGGUAGUUGCUGGUAGGACAAAGAAUAUAAGCAUCAAGGAAGAAUUGCUGGAUCCUUUCUUCGCUGAAGAUGAUGAAAGUAACAUCUCCAAUGUGAUGGAGACAAGUAGUGAUUCCUCCUCAUUUCUAGAGGAUGAGUACAUGGAAAACUCAAGAAAACGGCCUCUGUCCUCCACAGCUCCAAGCAGACUUCAGAUAGAGAAUGACUUGUGGGGUGAGCCUGAGAAGAAGGCAGUGGUGGUUCAUCCUGAGCACAGUCAAAUCAACGAAGAGCUUGAUGAUGAAAUAGAGAUAGAGCCAGUCCCUGAUGCACACUAUGGGCUCCUGGGGACUCGGAACUGGGACAUACCUCAGGGAAGCAUUGAAGAUUUGCCUGAUGAAGUCCUGAGGAGCAUCUUUGCUUUCCUACCAGUGACUGAUCUGUAUCAAAGCCUGAGCCUGGUGUGCCACCGCUGGAGGAUUAUUGUUAGUGACCCAAGGUUCAUCCCGUGGAAAAAGCUGUACCAUCAGUACCUGGUGAAGGAAGACGUGGCUCUGCGCAGGGUUGAACAGAUCUUGCAGGAUUUUGCCAUAACAGAUCAACAUAAAGAAUGUAUCUUGGGGCUCAUCAGGUAUGUCUCUGCCAUUCCCACCAGCAGGCACGUAGAUCCCAGGGCAGUCCUCCAGUGUUUGAAGUGUCACCACCUCUUCUCAAGGGCUGAAGUCUGCAUCACAAACAAACUGCCAGACUUACAGAGCAAUACAGGGCCUGAGAAAAUGUGGGCCAUCAUCACAGCUAUGGUGCUUUUCUCUGAUGGUGUCCGUGACAUCCAAAGGUUGAUGACAUGCCUGCAGAGACCCUGCUCUUCCCUCUCCCUUGUGGAUGUGACUGAGACACUUUAUUGCAUUGCCACACUGCUGUAUGCCAUGAGGGAGAAGAACAUCACCAUCACUAACAGGAUCCAUUACAAUAUUUUCUACUGCCUGUAUCUGAUGGAAAAUGCUUCUGUGACUGCACCACAGAUGGUAGAAGAGGGAACGCCAUCUUCACACUGCAGGCAGGAUUUCUGGUCCAGCAAUUUGUCUGAAGUGAAACUGACCCAUGAACAGCAAAGGAUUUUGAAUCACAAAAUUGAGCAUGGUCAAAUAGUGAAAAUUAUGGCAUUUGCAGGUACAGGAAAGACCUCAACGUUGGUGAAGUACGCGGAGAAGUUUGCUGACCUCAGUUUCCUGUAUGUGACGUUUAAUAAAGCUGUUGCAGAGAGGGGCAGGCUGGUCUUCCCCAGGAAUGUUACGUGCAAGACUUUUCACUCUUUAGCAUUUGGAAGCGUUGGCAAACACUAUAAAGAGAAAGGCAAACUGAACUUCUCGAAGCUCUCAGCAUACUCUGUGAGUUUUCUCAUCCAGAACCGUGAGGGACAAUCUGUCUUCAUCAGAGGGAAAACAGUCUCACAGACCCUCGAAAACUUUUUUGCCUCUUCAGAUGAAGAGAUAUGUGAAGAGCACACACCUAUUUGGUUCAAAAACACCCAUGGAGAGAGAAAACUUGUCAGCCCAGAAGAAAAGAGAAUCAAUGUGGAAGAAGCAAAAGAUAUAUGGCACAACAUGAAGAAGCUGGAUGGAGAUGUAGAGAGGAAAUACAAGAUGACCUGUGAUGGGUAUUUGAAACUCUGGCAGCUCAGUAAGCCUCAGCUUUCAGGAUAUGAUGCCAUUUUUGUUGAUGAAGCACAGGACUGCACACCAGCCAUUGUGGAUAUUGUGCUGUCACAGACGUGUGGUGUCAUCCUCGUAGGAGACCCUCAUCAGCAGAUUUAUUCCUUCCGAGGUGCUGUCAAUACCCUCUAUACAGUGCCUCAUACCCAUAUCUACUACUUGACCCAGAGUUUCAGAUUUGGUCCUGAAAUAGCUUAUGUUGGAGCAACCAUUCUGGAUGUCUGCAAGGGCAUCAGGAAUAAGACAUUAGUGGGUGGAAACCAAGAGGGUGAUAUAAGAGGCAACAUGGAAGGGAAGAUAACAAUGCUAUCACGAAGCAAUUUCACUGUGUUUGAGGAUGCUGCAAAGCUUGCUGGAAGAGAGAGGCAGAUUAAAAUACACAUCAUUGGGGGGCUUGUGCGUUUUGGCCUGAGCAAAAUUUAUGAUAUUUGGAAGCUCAGUCAACCUGCAGACGAACGGGUAAAAGCAAACCUUGUGAUAAAUGACUCCUUUAUCAAGAGAUGGGAAGAAAACGAGGGCUUCAUAGGUUUGAAGGAUUAUGCAACGCGUGUUGAUGACAAAGAGCUGGAAAUGAAGAUUAGGAUAGUGGAGAAGUUCAAGGAGCGGAUCCCUGAGUUGGUGCAGAAGAUCAAGAGCAGCCAUGUGUUGCAGGAAGCUAUGGCAGAUUACCUAAUAGGCACCGUCCACCAAGCCAAAGGCCUGGAGUUUGACACAGUGCUGGUUGCAGACGACUUUGUGGAUGUACCAUGUCCCAGAGACAAUAACCAGAGAAGACCUCAAUUCAUUAUUGGCAUGUAUCCUGAGGAUGAAUGGAACCUGCUCUAUGUUGCAGUGACACGUGCAAAGAAAUGCUUGCUAAUGUCACAGUCCCUGGAGCACCUUUUGGCAUUGGCAGGGGAGCACUUCCUCCGAGUGGAGCUGAUGAGUGCGGCUGUGAAGACCAGAGUUGCUUGUUCUGCACAACAGUGUACACAGACAUUGCAAUCUGGCACCAGGCUGGUUGUGAAGAAGCUGCCUCUGACUCAUAGCAAUGGCAGCAGGGAUAUGGGUGGCUACCUUUGCUAUUCCUGUGUGCAGAAGCGUUUUGGCACUAUGACACCCCUGGCCUUCCUCCCAGCACUUCAGGAAGAGCCCAUCGUGCUCUAACGAAGACUUCUAAGUCCCAGAGCCAUUGCCUCAUCCCAGAGCUGUACUGAGUGCAGGAUGACAACUGCUGUCACAUCCAUGCUCCAAAAUCAGGUUGGAUUCUUGGGACCAGCUCCGAGAGAAACCGUCCAGGUUGUCUAUAAGGAGUGGUGAGACCUUUUCUCAAGCCCUGCAGGAGCUGGUCAGCAUGACUGCACAGAAGAAUAUGCACAACACAAAGUCUAUUGGACAAGACUGCUUUUUUAAUUAUUUUUUAUUAUUAUUAUUAUUUUUUUUUGAGCACUACUCAUCCAUCCUCUCCAUCUCCAGGAAAAUAUUUUCAGUGACAAAGCUGCUGGGGUUUCCCUGCCUUUUCUAUCACUUUGUGCCUCAGGGAAAUCCUCACCCAACAAAAGAGGAGCUUGAUGCUAAGAAGUACCCAGAAAAACUUGUUAUUCCUAGAAAACAAACUUUUUCCCAGAGCCUGUUUCAAUGGGGACAUUUUCACUGUCAGCUCUGGAUCGCUGGGGAAAAAGGAAAUCAUAAUCUCUCCCAGCUGAAUGUAAGUCAUUUGCCUUACUUGCAGCCAAGAAGUUUCUUCUGGCUUAAUUUCUCUUCAUAGCAAAACACUGAGGGAAGAGAGGCAGCAUUUGAAGAACUGCUUCAAUUUAAUUCCAGUCUAACACAGCUGAUCAGAAAGAAGCCAGAGAACAUUUUUAAUACAGAGAUAAAAUUUGUAGCAAAAAAAAAAACACCUGCUUUAA